GGGAUUAUGCUCUGGGACUCCGACAGGGUGCGGAACUAAUGUAAGAGGGUCGAGGACAUCGCCGGAUUAAUUUUCCUGCGAGGCCUGGUAGCUGGUUCCUUUCGCGUUUCCUGUCAGCGCGCAUGCGCCGCCUGCGCUCCGCCGCUCGCGCCUCGGGUUCGGCUCGGGCUCCGGGAUGUCCGCGCUGUGCGACCCUCCCGGGGCCCCAGGGCCACCUGGGCCUGCCCCGGCCACCCACGGUCCCGCGCCUCUCAGUGCUCAGGAACUGUCCCAGGAAAUCAAGGCUUUUCUGACUGGCGUAGACCCCAUUCUGGGCCACCAACUUUCAGCCCGGGAACAUGCUCGCUGUGGUCUUCUCCUGCUCCGUUCUUUGCCACCUGCUCGGGCUGCUGUGCUUGACCACUUGAGAGGUGUCUUUGAUGAGAGUGUCCGGGCCCACCUGGCUGCCCUGGAUGAAACCCCUGUGGCUGGUCCACCUCACCUCCGUCCACCUCCACCCUCCCAUGUCCCUGCUGGUGGACCUGGUCUAGAGGAUGUGGUUCAGGAAGUGCAGCAGGUGCUGUCUGAGUUUAUCCGGGCCAACCCAAAGGCCUGGGCACCUGUGAUUAGUGCAUGGUCCAUUGACCUCAUGGGGCAACUGAGCAGCACGUACUCAGGCCAGCACCAGCGUGUUCCCCACGCUACUGGCGCUCUUAAUGAACUGCUACAGCUGUGGAUGGGUUGUAGGGCCACGCGUACAUUAAUGGACAUCUAUGUGCAGUGCCUCUCGGCUCUCAUUGGUAGCUGCCCAGAUGCGUGUGUGGAUGCCUUGCUGGAUACCUCUGUUCAGCAUUCUCCACACUUUGACUGGGUUGUGGCACAUAUUGGCUCCUCUUUUCCUGGCACCAUCAUUUCCCGGGUUCUCUCCUGUGGCCUUAAGGACUUUUGUGUCCAUGGUGGGGCUGGAGGUGGAGCUGGCAGUAGUGGUGGAAGCUCUUCUCAGACCCCCUCUACAGACCCCUUCCCUGGAUCUCCUGCCAUUCCUGCGGAGAAACGGGUGCCCAAGAUUGCCUCAGUUGUAGGCAUCCUAGGUCACCUGGCCUCCCGCCACGGAGAUAGCAUCCGACGGGAGCUCCUGCGAAUGUUCCAUGAUAGCCUGGCAGGGGGAUCUGGAGGCCGCAGUGGGGACCCCUCCCUUCAGGCCACGGUUCCCUUCCUACUGCAGCUGGCAGUCAUGUCACCAGCUUUGCUGGGCACUGUCUCUGGAGAGCUUGUGGAUUGCCUCAAGCCCCCAGCUGUGCUGAGCCAGCUGCAGCAACACCUUCAAGGAUUCCCCCGAGAGGAGCUGGACAACAUGUUGAACCUGGCUGUGCACCUGGUGAGCCAGGCCUCUGGGGCAGGUGCCUACCGCUUGCUGCAGUUCCUGGUGGACACAGCUAUGCCUGCUUCGGUCAUUACCACCCAGGGCCUGGCUGUGCCAGACACCGUGCGUGAGGCUUGUGACCGGCUAAUCCAGCUGCUGCUGCUGCACCUGCAAAAACUGGUUCAUCACCGGGGAGGGUCUCCUGGGGAAGGGGUGCUAGGCCCGCCCCCACCUCCCCGCUCGGUGCCCUUUUUAGAUGCGCUCAAAAACCAUGUUGGAGAGCUGUGUGGAGAGACGUUACGAUUGGAACGGAAGCGCUUCCUCUGGCAGCACCAGCUCUUGGGCCUGCUGUCUGUCUAUACCCGGCCUAGCUGUGGACCUGAGGCCUUGGGCCAUCUGCUGAGCCGAGCCCGAAGCCCUGAAGAGUUGAGUUUGGCCACCCAGUUAUAUGCAGGGCUAGUGGUCAGCCUCUCUGGCCUCCUGCCCCUGGCUUUCCGAAGCUGUCUGGCUCGGGUGCAUGCAGGGACAUUACAGCCUCCCUUCACGGCCCGGUUCCUGCGCAACUUGGCACUGCUAGUAGGGUGGGAACAGCAGGGUGGCGAGGGCCCUGCAGCCCUAGGGGCGCACUUUGGGGAAUCUGCCUCAGCCCAUCUGUCUGACCUGGCUCCUCUCCUGCUACAUCCUGAGGAGGAAGUAGCUGAAGCUGCUGCCUCUCUCCUGGCCAUUUGUCCCUUUCCUUCUGAAGCCUUAUCCCCCUCCCAGCUCCUGGGACUGGUAAGGGCUGGGGUGCACCGCUUCUUUGCCUCUCUGAGGCUGCAUGGACCCCCAGGUGUGGCCUCAGCCUGUCAGCUUCUCACCCGCCUGUCUCAGACAUCCCCAGCUGGGCUCAAGGCUGUCCUGCAGCUGCUGGUUGAAGGAGCCUUACAUCGAGGCAACACAGAACUGUUUGGUGGGGAAGUAGAUGGGGACAAUGAGACUCUCUCAGUUGUUUCAGCUUCUUUGGCUUCUGCCUCCCUGUUGGACACUAACCGGAGGCACACUGCAGCUGUGCCAGGUCCUGGAGGGAUUUGGUCAGUUUUCCAUGCUGGAGUCAUCGGCCGUGGCUUAAAGCCACCCAAGUUUGUCCAGUCACGAAAUCAGCAGGAAGUGAUCUAUAACACCCAGAGCCUCCUCAGCCUCCUGGUUCACUGCUGCAGUGCCCCAGGGGGCACUGAAUGUGGGGAAUGCUGGGGGGCGCCCAUCUUGAGUCCAGAGGCAGCCAAAGCAGUGGCAGUGACCUUGGUGGAGAGUGUGUGUCCCGAUGCAGCUGGUGCAGAGCUGGCCUGGCCCCCCGAGGAACACGCCCGGGCCACCGUGGAGCGGGAUCUCCGCAUUGGCCGGCGCUUCCGCGAACAGCCCCUGCUCUUUGAGCUGUUAAAGCUGGUAGCAGCUGCACCCCCAGCCCUGUGCUACUGUUCCGUGCUGCUUCGGGGGCUGCUGGCCGCCCUCUUGGGCCAUUGGGAAGCCUCUCGCCACCCUGACACGACCCACUCCCCCUGGCACCUGGAGGCAUCCUGCACCUUAGUAGCUGUCAUGGCUGAGGGAAGCCUCCUGCCUCCGGCCCUGGGUAAUAUGCAUGAAGUAUUUAGCCAACUGGCACCUUUCGAGGUGCGUCUGCUGCUGCUCAGUGUCUGGGGUUUUCUCCGGGAGCAUGGGCCCUUGCCUCAGAAGUUCAUCUUCCAAUCAGAGCGGGGUCGCUUCAUUCGGGACUUCUCCAGGGAGGGUGGAGGUGAGGGUGGACCCCACCUGGCUGUGCUGCACAGUGUCCUCCACCGCAACAUCGACCGCCUAGGUCUUUUCUCUGGCCGUUUCCAGGCACCUUCACCGUCCACUCUCCUUCGACAGGGGACGUAGCCUUUUCUUGCUCUGGAAGCCCAGGGAGGUUGAGCAGUGAGAGAGGGAAGGGACUAACGUGCUACGGAAGGGUGGAGGUUUCUCUUCUAAGUCCUUGGUCUAAAGAGCGCUGUCACUUUUUUCUCUCCCACUUUUUUUUUUCUAAAUAAAAUUUGCCAACUUGAGAAAA